GUGGGGAGGGCCGGGGUUGGGAAGGUGCGAGGCAGGCCUUGGGGCUGGUCCCUGCCCGCCGCCUGUCCUCCUCUCGCCCCCACGGGCUUUGUGCUGCCUCUUCUCAGCGCUAAUGGAGACUUCCCUUUGUCGGAGCGCAGGGUGACUUGUGAGGAAUUGCCUUCCCCGGAGCCUGGACCUGGUGGUGGUGGUGGUGGUUUUUUUUGUGGCCUAGCAAGAAGCGGUUUCCUUUCUCCAGCUUUUGGCGUCUUCUUGCCUGGAUUCAGCCAUUCCCAAGGGAAUGGAGAAAUGUAGCUGAUAAGUCCUUAACCACCCUGUGCUCCCAUAGGCAACACCAGAAGCUGGCUUCACCUUCUCCACUUUGGCACUUUGGGGGUGGGCCUGUCUUUGUUACCUGCUCUGGGUACCUUUUUAGUGACACUAUAGACAAAAGGAGAUGGAAGAAAAGGAGCGAUGUGAUAAAUCCCAGCUGGUAUCUUGAGACUAAGGGAAUUCCUAUCUUUUGACUUGGUUUUUUGUUUUGUGGUUGUUGUUUUUUUUUCCUGGGGGGAGGGAACUAUUAAAUUUUUUGAGGUAUGGGAGGAGGGAGAAAAAAUAUGUUGCAGAUCUUUAUGUGGUUUCUAAAACCAGCCAUCAGAGGCAAUUACUAAAUAAACUAAAGCACAAGAGGAGGGUUUGUGAGCUGGAAGCAGAGCUAGCCUACAAAAGAAGGGGGCAGUGGGCUGCUGUUGUGACUGUGGAGGAAGAAACUUUAGCCUCCUUCGUUUCUCACCACCUACUCUGUCCACCCUGCGAGAAAAUGAGUUGUGUGCCAUGGAAAGGUGACAAGACCAAAUCGGAAUCACCAGAGCCACCUCAGCUACCACCACUGCAUAUUUACCAUGAGAAGCAGCGUAGGGAGCUGUGUGCCCUCCAUGCCCUCAACAAUGUCUUCCAGGACAGCAACGCCUUCACUAGGGAAACCCUGCAGGAGAUUUUUCAGAGGCUGUCUCCCAACACCAUGGUGACGCCCCACAAGAAGAGCAUGCUGGGGAACGGAAACUACGAUGUGAAUGUGAUCAUGGCAGCACUUCAGACCAAAGGCUAUGAGGCGGUUUGGUGGGACAAACGCAGGGAUGUUAACGUCAUUGCCCUGUCCAACGUGAUGGGCUUCAUCAUGAAUCUGCCUUCCAGCCUUUGCUGGGGGCCCUUGAAGCUCCCCCUCAAGAGACAGCACUGGAUCUGCGUCCGGGAGGUGGGAGGCACCUACUACAACCUUGACUCCAAACUCAAGGUGCCCGAGUGGAUUGGAGGUGAAAGUGAGCUCAGGAAAUUUUUGAAACACCAGCUGAGAGGAAAGAACUGUGAACUCCUGCUGGUGGUACCAGAAGAGGUGGAAGCACAUCAGAGCUGGAGAGCUGACGUGUGACCCGAACCGACUCUGUCCUCCCACUACAGCUCUUCCCGUUUACUGAACUCCUGACGUCCUGAAACCCAGAUAAUGGGUGCCCCAACUCUUCUCAUCUGGAACUUCCUUUCUUAGGCUCUUCUCUUCCUUCCUUGGUGCAAUAGGGCAAUGGUGUAGGACACUGGGUGGGGUGGGUGGGGAAGAAUUGAGGGCAGAGCAGAGGAAACUGGAAGCCAAUCACUUCAGUCACGGUGGGCUGAUGAGCCACGUGCCCUUCAGCUAGCUAGAAGGCAUCGUGCUCUUUAAAACCAGGCUUUGGGGCUGGGUGUCUGGAGGCCUCUUGGCCUCCCUCUCCCCACGUGGCUCAAGGCAGUGUGUGGUGGGAUGUUGCUGCCUCUGGGGCUUGUCAGGGAUGAGCAGGGGCCAAGCACGCUGCUGCCUCUUCACCACCUCUCUCUCUCUCCAAAGCAAGUCGUGAAAAUGUUUGCAAUUCCUAAGGGUCUCUCAGGACGCUCUCAAACACUAGGAAUGGUACGGUGCUCAGCACGACCCUCUGCUUCUUAGGGGUGGUUUGUGCCAGGAAUGAGACAACAAUAAUAAAAACAGUGUCAUCUUUCAAGAAAUUCUUCGGGUAGCUAGAGGAUUCUUCCCCAGAGUCUCCAGGGCUUUACGUAUGUGGUGAGCGGUUGUUGUGCAGCAUGUGGCUGGCUGAGGUGACGUGGAAACAGCGAGUGCAGUGUAAUUGAGGAGUAUCGAGUUUCUGGACUGGAGAGAGGCCGUAGUCUGCUUGGGUUUCUUUGUGCUACAUUGGGAUAUUUUUUUUUUUCUUUUUUAAAAUCUGUUUUGGUUUUCUGCAUGGUCAUCCAGUAGUUUAGGGGCUGCUCGGAAAGAGGAAUGAAACUUGCAGGGGCUUUGAGAGGAAUUAAUUCCCUUUUAUUUUGCCUCUUUCCAGAAGUCUAGCCCACAGUCGCAAAUGUCAUGUGAAGUGUCCCAGAAAGAGGUAAAGUUACAAAACAAAAAUCAUCUGAGGAGGGAAGACUUUGCAACAGUCAGUUUUUGCCCUUUAUAUAGUUCCUAGCUGUAAAUGUGGGAGAUGCAGAGGGUCCAUCAGAGCCUUAGGGUGUUGGAGAGACCCUGGCCUGGUAGAUGAACCAACUUCUCUUGUAGCGUUGGCCAACAAACAUUCCAUUAAUGGACAGAUCGCUUUUUCCUGCCCUCCCUUCUGCGGGGAAGAGUGGCUAGACAUGGAGACACUAAGAGGAAUCUCCACCGGCUGCUUCCCGGUCACCUGGGCGAGCUGUAGCUCAGUCGCACCUUCCACAGCAGGAAGAGGAAACACUGAAUUGGGAACAGACUUUGUUGCAUUUAGCUCUUCCUGGCCGAUCUUCUGUUUGUUUCCCUCCGUUACGCACUGAUGUCUCAGUAAAACAGCAAUCUCCAGGACGUCACGGUGCUUGGAGGAUCCCGCUCCAUCCUGCAGGGAAGUCUCAUGACUGGUGUUGGAGCUUGCGAAAGGAGGAGGGGUUUGUAACUACCUGUUCUCAGUUAUUUUCCUCUCGAGAGCUCCACAGAGCAUCAGCGGGCGUUUGAAGCUGAGAGACCACCGAACUCCCACCUUCCUAACGGAGAACGGAGGCCACGUGAGGAGGGGACACUGAUGUUCACUGACCCCCCCCUCCCCGGACAUCUGGCAAGUGCUGUUUUGCAGUCUUUUGAGCACAGCCUCCCGCAGUCAAGGGCAAAUGGCUCUUAGGUUUUAAAGACCCGACGUUUCUAUAAAAAGUCCUAUUUCGUAACACAUUCCAAUGACCAAUACCAGCUGGCAGAGUUUUUAAACACUUUACAGGCAGGACGCGCAGCCUGCGGGCUUCCUGCUCCUGACUUGAAGCCAUUUCUUCAAGAGGGGAGGGGGGAGAGAGAAUAAAUCUCAACAGCAAUGUUUUUCUAUGCUGAUUGAAGUCGCACUUUGGAGAAAAACCCUGUUUGCAUGGAAACUGCAAGCCAACGGAUCAGUGCACAAUAUGCAAAGAUGUUUUAAAAUAUUUUGGGGCUAUUUUCCUCUCCUUGUAUGUCAGCACCUUUCC